CCCCCUUACCAAACGCUGCUCUCAGCUCCCUUUGCCUCCCCCAUCCCCUCCCUUGUACUCCUACUCCUCCUCCUCCUCCUCGUCGUUGUCGUCGUCAGCAUCCAUACCUCAUACAUAUAGGCUUACUGAUGGAGGACUCCGGCCGAGGAGGCCACCCGCUCCGGCCGUUAACGUGUCGCUGAGAGAAAUGCGCGUCACCUUUCUUGGCGAUAUCUAGUUGUGAUUAGAGAGGCUGUUGGUUGGUUGGAGGUGGCAGGGAUGGCGACGGCGAACGCCUUGACGACGACGUCGGCGUCAACGACAACUAUAGAGGCGCAAGCGGGAGGGGCGGGGGCAGAGGAUGUGGCGGCGAAGGCGGUGAACAAGAGGUACGAUGCGCUGAUGACGGUGAGGAGCAAGGCGAUCAAGGGGAAGGGAGCGUGGUAUUGGGCGCACCUGGAGCCCGUAUUGGUGCAGAGCUCCGAUACGGGACUCCCCAAGGCCGUUAAGCUCCGGUGCUCCCUCUGCGAUACCGUCUUCUCUGCAUCCAACCCCUCCCGCACCGCUUCCGAGCACCUCAAGCGCGGUACCUGCCCCAAUUUUUCCUCGUCCCUCUCCGCUGCUGCGCCGCCCUCCUCUGUAGUCCUGACUUCACCGUCGCCGAAGCCCAUCUCCUCCAUCCCCCCUUGCUCCUCUUCCCCCUCCCCGCUCCGUAACCACCACCAGCCGAACAGCCGGAAACGCUCCUCAUCCUCUGUCGCCGUCGUGAGCCCUUCGCCGGCCCCAUUCCACGCCCUCCACCUCGCCAUCGUAGAUCCUUCCCGCUUCUCCUCGUCGCCGACUACCCCUGCCGCAGCCGGCAGCGAAAUCGACUACUCCAGCCCGCCCCCGCUGCCGCUUCCCCCGCCUCAGUCUCAGCUCGUCCUCUCCGGCGGGAAGGACGACCUCGAUGCGCUCGCCAUGCUGGAGGACAGCGUCAAGAAGCUCAAGAGCCCCAAGGCCUCCCAUGGCGUGGCCCUCUCCAAAUCCCAGGUCGACUCCGCCAUCUCCCUCCUCACUGAUUGGUUCCACGACUCCGCCGGCGUCGGCGCCGUCUCCCUGUUCUCCAUCGAGCACCCCAAGUUCCGAGCCUUCCUCGGCCAGGUCGGCCUCCCGCCCAUCUCCCCCCGUGACCUCGUCGGCCAUCGUCUAGACGCCCGUUACGAGGAGGCCCGCGCCGACGCCGAUGCCCGCAUCCACGACGCGCUCUUCUUCCAGCUGGCCUCCGACGGCUGGAAGCCCCUCAACUCGGACGGCGACUCCAUCAUGAACGUCACCGUGAACCUCCCCAAUGGAACCACUGUCUACCGCAGGUCCGUGCUCACCCACGGCCGAGCCCCGUCCAAGUACGCCGAGGAGGUGCUGUGGGACACCGUUGCUGAGAUCACCGGCAAUGCCGCCGUGCAGCGGUGCGCCGGAAUCGUGGCGGACAAGUUCAAGUCCACGGCCCUUCGCGACCUGGAGAAGCAGAACCACUGGAUGGUGAACCUCUCCUGCCAGCUUCAGGGCUUCCGCAGCCUCGUCAAGGACUUCGCUCGUGAGCUCCCGCUCUUCCAUGCCGUGGCAACCAACUGCUGCAAGCUCGCCAGCUACUUCAACACCCACUCUGAGGUCAGAAGCAUCUUCCACGGGUAUCAGCUCCAAGAGCUGGACCACGCUGGCCUCCUCCGAGUGCCUCCCUCGGACCGCUCACUCGACGGAGGCGGCAAUCACCUGUCCGCCUUCAUGAUGAUGGAAGACAUCUUGACCUCCGCUCGGGCCGUGCAGUCGGUGAUCCUUCACGAGUCCUACAAGCUGAUCUGCCUUACCGAUCCUACCGCGAGAGAGUUGGCGGACGUGAUCGGCGACAUGGAUUUCUGGAACAAAUUGGGCGCAGCUCACUCGCUCGUCAAGCUGAUCCAAGACAUGGUUGGGGAGAUGGAGACCGAGAGGCCACUCGUCGGGCAAUGCCUACCGCUGUGGGAGGAGCUGCGGUCCAAGGUGAAGGGGUGGUGCGGUAGGUACUGCGUCGAGGAAGGGCCCGUGGAGAAGGUGAUGGAGAAAAGGUUCAAGAAGAACUACCACCCGGCUUGGUCGGCGGCGUUCAUACUGGAUCCACUGUACCUGAUGAAGGACGUGAGCGGGAAGUACCUUCCGCCGUUCAAGUGCUUGACGCCGGACCAGGAGAAGGACGUCGACAAGCUGAUCACCAGGCUGGUUUCUCGCGAAGAAGCCCACAUCGCGCUGAUGGAGCUGAUGAAGUGGAGGGCGGAGGGGUUGGACCCGCUGUACGCGCAGGCCGUGCAGGUGAAGCUGCAGGACCCGGUGACAGGGAAGUACAGGAUCGCCAACCCGCAGAGCAGCCGGCUGGUGUGGGAGACGUGCUUGAGCGAGCUCAAGUCGCUGGGGAAGGUGGCCGUCAGGCUCAUCUUCCUCCACGCCACCACCUGCGGGUUCAAGCACAGUCCCCGGCUGACGCGGUGGGUGAGGCGCGUACAUGGGCGCUCCGGAGCCAGCAUGGAGCGAGUGCGCAAGCUGGUGUUCGUGGCGGCCAAUGCGAAGCUGGAAAGGGCAGAUUUUUCGAACCAGGAAGACAAGGAUAUCACGUUGUUGUUGUUGGAUGAGGAGGAGGACGACGUUCCGAAUGAACACAACGUUGUCGUCGAACGCUCAUCGGUGUAACAUUCCAUUCCAUUUCUUUUUCUAUUUCGGCGUCUCUUGUAGGAUUGGAUUUGUAGAAUUUUUCUGAUUUUUUUUCCUAUAUAUUUUGUCACUUUGAUCG